AUGGCCGGCGGCGGCGGCGGCGUGGUGGGCACGGUGCGGUGGGCCACGGCAUGCGCGGCGCUGCUGAACGCGGCGGCGGCGGCCGCCGGCGGGGCCGUCGCGGCGUUCGCGCUGCGAGGGGGAUGCGGCGGGGCGCUCGGGCCGGCCGCCGCGGCCGCGUCCGCCGCCACGGCGGCGAGGCUCGUCGCGUCCUCGGUGGCCGGGUUCGCGCAGGGCGCCGCCGCGGCAGCCAUUGCCGCGGGGGCCAUCGGGGCGCACGUCGACAGCGAGCGCGACCUCCGCCACGUCUCGCGGCUGCGGUACAAGAGAUGGCUUCGGUGGACAAGGUUUGGAGUGGUCAUUACUUUGCUGCAAUUUGUGUUAGCGAUUUGUUUGCUGUGUAUCAUGGUGAAGGAUUUUUCUGCUGGGAGGUCUUCGAAACAGUGCUUAUCAGGACAUGGCCAGGACAACAGUAACUGGAAGUACAAUCUGUUAAUAAGUUUUAUCGUCAUUAUGUGGGUAGCAACUAUAGUUCAAUGUUCUACUGGUUCUGAUGUAUUAAGGUGGAGGUCAUUCUACGCUUCCCAUGAUAUUGCGUGGAGGGCACACUAUAGAGAGGUUUUUGAUCAUGGUAUCCGUGAGGUUUUAUGCUGUCUAGGGCGGGUUAAGUAUUCGAGUGUAUUAGAAGAAGAUGAUAUAUGUAUUGUGGCAAAAUUAUUGGGUGAUCUUAUGGCUUAUCGCGCAUCUGGAACUGGCCAUCUUGAGCUUAUAGCAGGUUUUUCGUUAUUACAAAAAUCUAAGUUGUCCCCGGUAGUUUCAAAAGGACAAGUAGAGGCUCCUCAGGAUCUCAUCAAAGAGGCUGUUCUCUUUCAUCCAUUUGCUGAAGCUGCCUAUACAGGACCACUUCUUGAUUUUGGAAGGAAUCCUUUUAUGUUUCCAUGUGCCUGGCUCAAUAGGCAAGGUGUUUUGACACCGUGGACUCGUGCAAGGCGACCAAUUCUCGAAGGUGAUAAUUGGUGGCGAGGACAUGCAGCUGCUUUCCUAAAAUAUGCCAAUGUGCCCCCGGAAGUUCUUAUAAAAGGCCGUGUUAGCCAGAAAAAACGUGAGGUUGCCUAUUUUGUCAUUGUCCUGCAUGAUUUGAAAACAUUAGUCAUUGCCAUCCGUGGAACUGAGACUCCAGAAGAUUUUAUAACUGAUGGCUUGUGUGGUGAAUGCUCUCUGACUGAGGAUGACUUGGAUGGGCUGAUCAAUUCUGAUCAGUGGUCCCCGCAAGUGAAGGAUGCUGUUCUCUCAUCUCUUCCACACCAUGGACAUGCUGGAAUGGUUGAAUCAGCUCGGGAGCUGUACAAUAAGAUUGAAGGGCAUCCCAUUCAUCAAGAUAAACCAGAAGCAGUACCAGUUGGAUACUUAUCUUCUCUGCUCGGGGUUGGAUGUGAGUGCCAUGGAUACAAUAUUGAAAUCGUUGGACAUUCUCUAGGAGGUUCUGUAGCUGCACUUCUUGGUAUCAGACUGUAUGGGCGCUUUCCAAAAUUACAUGUAUACGCAUAUGGAGCAGCUCCAUGUGUGGAUUAUGUGAUAGCAGAUGCAUGUUCACCAUUUGUUACCAGUAUUAUCCACAAUGAUGAAUUUUCUGCCCGAUUAUCCAUGAAUUCAGUAAUUAGAUUACGUGUUGCUGCUAUGAGAGCUCUCUCAAAGGAUACUCUACCAAAUUCCGCUGAAGUUGGCAAACUAGUUAGUGGAAUCAUGAGGACCAGGGGAAAUGAUCGAAAUGUUGUGGAUCAAUGUGAGUCUACAGGUGCUCUUCAGACAGUUGAUGGGGUGAAGCUAAGUAGAAUCCAUGGAAAUAAUCUACUGCAUACAAUUAGAGGUGGUGUAUUUCUCUUUGCUCAAGCCAUAUCUUGCUUGGUAAAUACUCCAAAAUAUCGAGUUAGCUCCGCAGCAGCAAUCAACUAUGAGUUGGGCAGAUCUAGAACGAGUAUUGUCGGUGAUGGAGGGAAAUGUAUGGCUGCUUCAUGCAGCAUUCUGGAUGUUCCUCAUUUUGGAGAGCCUAGUAAUGCACACGGAAAUGGGAAAUCGUCAGAAUAUAAUUUUGACGAAUGUAGUAUAGAAUACAGGCCGCCUCAUUCAAAUGAUGGCACAGGACUCUCAAUUGCUCCUUAUGAUCUGCAUACAAUUAGUUUGCCUGAAGGACAAUCACCAGAGGUGUAUCUGCCUGGUCUCGUUAUUCAUCUGGUUCCAGUAAAGAAUGAUACUUCCUCGUUUCAGAAGACACCUGUGACUCACCACAAGAGUCGCAGGAACAAGAGUUACAAAGCAUUUAUAGCUAAUCGACAAGAUUUCAUGGACCUUGUUGUUACACCUCGUAUGUUCCUUGAUCAUCUUCCGUGGAGGUGCCACUAUGCCAUGCAAAAGGUUAUAGAAACUCGGAAACGAGACACUCUAAUUCAUGAUUCAUCCACCAGAGAUGAUACCGUGUGAAGUUUAUUUUGCAACUCGCCUUUAUAUAUUCUUGUAGAUAAGUUCAGGAUAUUAGGAUCAUCUGCUCCUCGCAGGAGGUUGGCUGCAUAUACAUUAUUGACGGUAACUGUAAGUAGAACAGUUGAGAGCUGAAGGGUAUUGACAAAGUGACAAACAUCACCUGGCCUCAGCAUUUGUUGUAGGAGUAUCUAGCUUUCAUAGGCUUGCUCUGAGGUCAAAGUAGAGUACUGCAUGCCAGUAUUAAACUUUGGUUGUGCGUAAAUUAUGGUCUGUAGCAUCAAUUUUUGCUCCAAUGUUGUAACUUUAGUGUUUACACAUUACAUGUAAUUGUCUGAACGACCAUGUACUAUGUACCCACUGAAUAAAAAACUAAUUUCUAAAGAGAGAAGAAGCUGUAUUCCGUACAUUCUAUUGUUAUGAACUCUGAAAGCGUUGCAACUUUCUUGUUGCUGUUAAAAGUUCCA